GGCCAGUGGGCCGGAUCCUCGGUGUUUGCGCCGUUAAAUAAUGUGGUCAAUUGCCGACAGCCCCGCCAUAACAUACUCUCGGAAUGUCGGAAGUGCAGCCGGAACUACUACAUACGAGGGGCAGGACUGUAUCAUCAAUCCUACCUCACAUUCCUCUUUCCCUCCAGCAUCUUACAUCUGGGAAUUGUGCAUUGA